GUGGAGCCAGGUGUCAAGCGCGAGUUUGGCCAUGCCGACUUGCUCAUCAGGGAAGAUGUGGCACAUCUGAGUGCUGACGGAUCCAAGAAGAUCAAGGGCCGCAGUCCCAUCUUUGAGGGCAUCAGCACAGAGAAAGUCCCGGUCUGGAUGAGCCACGGCGACAAGGUCACACAGCUGCCUCCUGGUUUCACUUCAAUUGCUUACACCUCCAACACCGAAUUUGCCGCCGUGGAAGAUCAGGCACGUCACAUCUAUGGUGUGCAGUUUCAUCCAGAGGUGACCCACACGCCCAGUGGAGCCACCAUGAUCAAAAACUUCGUGCUGAAGGUGGUAGGCUGCAAGGGUGAGUGGAACAUGCAUGACUUCUGCCAGAAGCAAAUUGAUAUCAUCAUGAACAAAUUGGAGGACAAAUAUGUGGUGGGUGCCGUGAGCGGAGGUGUUGACUCCAGCGUCGCUGCCGCGCCUUGGCCUUGA